CUGUUGUUUUGGCUGAAGCGGAUCCAAAUUCCCAAAUGUGUCACCUUCUACAAGUUCUCGACCUUAUGAAACAAAAACGAUGGGUAGAAGCCAAGUUUUUAUGGGUCGAGAAUCUGCCGUCAUAUGUUAAGUCAGAAAAAAAGGAACAAGUAAAUUUAUUUGGAAGUCUUUCAGAAUGUUUUUUUGAACAGUUCUUCCACGAUUCCUUGGACCAAAAUCUCAUCAUUGUUAAAAGUACAGUAACAACUGAAUGUGAUUCAAGCUAUUGUCCAAAGAAAGUUCUGUCUCCGGUAAAUUAUUUCGAUAUUGUACUUAUAAAAAUGAAUGCAUCAGUAUUGUCAGGAAGCAUCUAUUUCGAAACUUGCCUCAAACACUGGCAGGAACCUUACCUCUGCAUAUGUGGAUCUGAGUUCAAGACUACCAAUGGUGAAGUACCAAAGAAUAUUCCCGUCAAUGCCUACGGAAUUGAAAAAGUCACUUUAGUCGAGACUGGAGAAACUAAGAAUGUAUACCGAUGUGUGAACAAUGUCACAUCAACAAGACAAAUCGACCAGCGACUUCCCUUGAUUCUUGUAAUUAAUGUUACAGAAAUUAGUAUUGAUGACGAAGGAGUAUAUCUUCAAAACAAGAACCUAUCCGAAGAAAUCAGUUUUCCCUAUGAGGACCACGUUAUGGCAAAAAGGUAUCGCCUAGCUGAAGUUUCAUAUUGCAAUGGAAGCCACCACGUUGCUGACAUCUACUUUGAGAAAACUAAGAAUGUAGGCUGGUAUCAAUAUGACGGGUUAGAGAAGACCUACCAUGCAAGAGCCAUGUAUAUUGGACACUCACGCUCACCACUAAAAAAUGGGUAUACUAUGGACUUUGUCAUUUAUACAAUGAUCUGA